GCCGAGCGGGCGGCAGCGCUGCACCCGGCGGGCAGAGCGCGGCCCCUUCUCCGCCUCCGCGGCAACACCUGCAGGGAGGGGGAUGCCGUUGGGCGGCCGCCCCCCUGGGCGGGCAGGCGGGCCGGGCCCGGGGCCGCCCCUCCAAGGACGAGAGGAAGAGAAAGGAGCGGGAGGGAAGCGGGGAAGUUGUGCCUCGCCGGGAGCCGGAGCCAUGAGCCCCGCCGGGGGGGCGCGGGCCGCCCCCUCGCUGCUGCUCUCGCUGCUGUUGGCGGCCUCGGCCCCGCUCUGGCUGCGGGCGGAGAAGAUGGGAGAUGGAUGUGGGCAUGUGGUCAUGUAUCAGGACAGCGGGACCCUGGCUUCUAAGAACUAUCCCGGGACGUAUCCAAACUACACACUUUGUGAAAAGAAAAUCCAAGUACCUCAGGGAAAACGCCUGAUCUUAAAAAUUGGAGACCUGGAUAUUGAAUCACAGAAGUGUGAAUCCAGCUACCUUACCAUCCUGAGUUCUUCAACACUGCACGGGCCCUACUGUGGUAAUAUGAUGCCCGUCCCCAAAGAAAUCAUUCUGGACAGCAACGAAGCAACUAUCCACUUUGAGAGUGGAUCCCAUGUGUCAGGACGAGGCUUUCUGUUGUCUUAUGCCAGCAGUGAUCAUCCAGAUCUAAUCACAUGUCUGGAACGAGCAAACCACUACACAAAGACUGAAUACAGCAGAUACUGUCCUGCUGGCUGCAGAGACAUAGCAGGUGACAUUUCUGGGAAUAUAGAAGAAGGAUACAGAGAUACCUCGCUGCUGUGCAAGUCGGCGAUCCAUGCGGGUGUCAUUGCAGAUGAACUGGGAGGUCAGAUCAGUGUCACCCAGCAAAAGGGCAUCAGCCGCUAUGAAGGUGUCGUCGCCAAUGGUAUCUCCUCACAUGAUGGUUCGCUGUCAGAUAAGCGGUUUAUGUUUACUUCAAAUGGCUGCAAUAAAUCUCUCAGUCUGGAAGAGGGAUUCCUCUCCAAGAGCCAGAUCACUGCAUCUUCCUACUGGGAGGAGACCAAUGAAUUUGGACAGCUAUUCCAGUGGUCUCCUGACAAAGCGUGGCUUCAAGUCCUGGGACUGGCUUGGGCCUCUAACCACAGCAGUAGUCGUGAAUGGUUGGAGAUAGACUUGGGAGAGAAGAAGAGAAUAACAGGUAUCAAAACCACAGGUUCCGGAUCCACUAUGCAGAAUUUUAAUUUCUAUGUAAAGACAUUUAUAUUGAACUACAGAAAUAACAACUCGAAAUGGAGAACUUACAGAGGAAUUCUAAGCAAUGAAGAAAAGGUAUUCCAAGGCAACUCUGACUCUGGUGACAUCGUACGUAACAACUUCAUCCCCCCGAUAGUGGCCCGUUAUGUGCGAAUUAUUCCUCAGACUUGGAACCAACGGAUAGCACUGAAGCUUGAGCUGAUCGGUUGUCGAAUAAUGCAAGUGAAUAGUUCAUUUACACAUUCAAUGUGGCAAAAAACAAGCCAGAGCACAGAAACCUCUCUUGGAAAAGAAGACAGAACUGUUACAGAGCCCAUCCCAUCAGAAGAAACCAAUUUAGGCUUAAAGCUUACAGCUAUAAUUGUCCCAGUCCUCAUAGUGCUGUGUCUGUUCCUGUUCUCUGGAAUUUGUAUCUGUGCAGCCCUACGAAAGCAAGAAGCCAAAGGACUUUCUUAUGGAUUAUCCAAUGCUCAGAAAUCAGGUUGUUGGAAACAGAUCAAGCAGCCCUUCACCAGACAUCAGUCAACUGAAUUUACCAUUAGCUAUACUAAUGAGAAGGAGACACCACAAAAACUAGAUCUGGUCACAAGCGACAUGGCAGAUUAUCAGCAGCCUCUCAUGAUUGGAACUGGGACAGUAACACGGAAAGGAUCUACUUUCAGACCCAUGGACAUGGAAGAAGAGGGAAGAAGGGGGAGUGCAGAGUUUGAAAACCACUAUCACUGCCCGCACAGAGCCAACCGGCACGAGUACGCUCUGCCCCUGACCAGCCAGGAGCCCGAAUAUGCCACCCCCAUCAUCGAGCGUCACGUCACCAGAGAAAAUAACUUCUCCUCUGACAAUGGCUACAACGUACCUGUAAUCUCCUCACAGAAACAUUCCCUUUCUGCCGGCAGUUUCUCUGGCUCAUGCAAGACUGAUACCAGGAAUGGAGGCUAUCAGACACCCCAGAGCGUAAUAAACUAUGACAAACCUAAAGCUAAUGGUAUUCUGACCUCCGUGAGCUAUAGUACGGACUACCAGAAACCUCAGGCGAACGCACUAGGGAGCGAGGGUUACUCAACACCCAGAGACUGCCUGAACCCAAUAAGCCAGACAGCAAUGACAGCUCUCUUGUGAUCCGCUGAGCAAGAGAGACGUGGUGCACAGGAAUGUCACUGCGCAGCUUCCAAAGUGAAAACAGAGUUUUAAAGGAUUCUGCUGUGGAAGGCAGAAGGCAAACAAAUCCUGUGUACAUAAUAUUGCAGUCUUGCUGGGUUCUGACAUCUGAAGAAAGCAUAUGCUGUUUAUCACUGUUUAUAUCAAAAGAGAUGUUAUCAGUGAAGACUGUAUAUCUUAUUUUCUGUAACUGAUCUCAGUGCUCCAUUUGCAACGUGUGCAAUUUGUACAUAGCUUUUAUUUAAGGAGAGUUUCUUAAGUUUCCUUUUCACCUGUGGAAUUGAAAAGAGAAAAAAAACAGCUUCUGCAGAAAUAGCUCUCUCUAUUCCACCUGCUGUUGUACUGCAGCUGUAAAUUGUGUAUCUUACAGCUGUAGUGGUUCAGUUCCUUUCCUAUGAAAACUGAAGAUCAUCACUGCAGUUCCUCUUGGGAGGGUAGAAGUAAAACUACUUGAAGCGUGAAGUGCACAAGAGAAGGCAGCUGAGCAUUUAAAUACCACGCUCCAUCUCACCUGCUCAGCUGCCUUCCAGCAGCAAUCAAAUUCAAUCCAGCUUGAAUUUGAUCUAGUGCAUGAGCUGAGCCUAACUUGCUAUUCACAUCAAGUACAGGUAGAAAAGGUGGAACAAGCUUUGGAUUCAAGCCAUAGCGAUCACCUUGCAGACACAUCUGCAAUAGAAACAUGCCUGUUGCAUUUAAAUGCAAGACAGUGGAUCAGCACAGUUGUGCUCAAAUAGUUUUUCUUUUGCAGCAGAUGUUACUCAAUUCCAUUUUCGGACAAACUUGAAAAAGUGUGGGGCUGGCUGCAAUGCACAGCAGUUGGCUCCUCUUUCAGCAGAGGUGCCUCUGAAGCUACACAGCUUCAGGUUGGGAUUGGAACCAUCCUUUGCCCUGCUACCUGCAGCACUUGGCGCCCUACCUUGAAUUCAAAAGCCUGUCCCAGAAUAUCAAAAAGUGAUAUACUUCCGAGAGGGAAGGAUGGUGCUACAUUUAAGGCGCAAGGUUGGGAAAUUAGGCUCGUAAAAUGUGAGCUCUUGGAAAGUCAGUUUUUCAAGGCCUUGUGUGUUUCCUUGUGUGUAAGCUGGGGAUCAUUUGCAAAGGAUGCAGCAAAGAUUUCUUGUUUGUUCACAAAGUGCUUUCCGAUCCUGGGGUGGAAAGUGCUUGAAGAGUACAGAACAGCUGUAGUGAUACCAGGUACAAAUAUUGCUAACUCGAGCCAUGUUUGACCUUACGAACAGCUCUUAAUUGUUUCUUUGCAUUUGCUUGUUUCGUGGCCUCAGUGGUGCAGUUCUGUCACGCCGAUGCACAGUGCAUGCAACUUCCGUGCAAAGAAGAAAGAGUUGAGCUAACCUUGUAGUCCUCCUGUGUUUGCUGUCAAUACAGUUUCUGUGAAUUGUAUAAAACACCUCAGGUUCUGAAGCGAAGCAGCAGCAGCCUGUUUGUUAGACUGAGCUGGGUGGUGUUGUUUACCUUCUGUUGUUUACAUGUCUAUGUAAAUAAAGAACACUGGUAUUUGUAAAUCAGU